CCGGUUAUGAAAUCCGGUUCCAGGAGUUGGAUAACAAUAACGAAAACGGAAUUGGCCGGUAGUGUUUUAGAAAUUUGAGCAGAGAGGAUGUGUGAAUGAACACGAACCGUUGAACUGUCUAACUUUCUGUUUAUCGCUGUGCGUGUUUUGUAAAAACAAUUGUCCCUUUUUCAAAGCUUGAGGAAAUUCUCCUUCAAGCUACGCUUAUACUUGAUAACACCUUCUUAACGGAUUUUCUAUUGUUAUUUUUUUUUGGAUUUGCUGAAACGGAUCAUCUUGAUAUUUCAUUCAAAUUACAGAACAACGAGAAACGAGUUUCUGAGUGUUAAGUGGAAAUUAUUCUUAGGGACUAUUAGUAUUCAUCGACCGAAAUCGCAAACAACUGAUCGUACGUGUAACAACCCGUGAUACCAAUCACAAGCAUUAGUACCUAUCUCCAAUUUGUCUUGUCUUAUUCUUCAAAUGUCAAUUGAUAUUCAAUGGAACUUGUUGGAUGAACAGAUUGCAGAAAAGCUAAGGGCUAAGCUGGACACAAAAAUUGCAAAGCUUUCGUUGCCUCGGUACAUUCAAGAUUUACAUAUCACGAGUUUUGACUUUGGUACAAGUGUGCCGGACGUUACGAUACAAGACAUUUGUGAUCCUGAUCCCCGGCUGUAUGAGGAGACUCUUUAUUCAGACGAUAGUUCUUCGUUGGACGAUGAAGAGUCAGACAGGGAAGAGGAAAAUAUGACCGAACUGCCUCCAUACGGAGCUACUGAAAACGGAGUUCACAAAAAGGAUUCUACAGACGUAAACAUGAAUCACACACAGACAUCGAAUCAACAAUCUCCGCAAAACAUCGCCGAGUCUAACAUCCACAAGUCGGUUCCCAACUCUGCGGAAACACCUUCGUUUCUGAGAAAUUCGAUUGGAGACGUGCAGAUCAUUGCUCAUGUCCAGUACAGCGGAAACAUGACAAUGUCCAUGGAAGCAUGUUUAGCCGUAAACUACCCGAGCAAGGAUUUCGCUAUGCUCCCGUUUACACUUCAACUUAGCGAUAUUGUUCUAGAUGGGACUCUUGUAGUAGCGCUCAUUGCAUCUCAUGUCCACGUCUGCUUUGUAGACACACUUGAACACAAUCGUGGUGACGUGCAGUCUUCGAUCAUUAAAAAUAUCCGCGUGGACAGUGUUGUCGGAGAACCAAACAAGCAAGUCUUAAAGAAUGUUGCCAAAGUUGAGAAGUUCGUCGUUCAAAAAAUAUGUCAAAUUGUGGAAGAUGAAUUUGUAUGGCCAAGUUACUUUACUCUUUAUUAAGAAAAUGUCUGCAUGAAGGUUGUAUCAUUACUGUUUUGAGAGUUGUAUUCGUUUUCUCAUUCCCAUUCUCGUUUUUUUUUCCUCGUUUAGAAUCAUAUUAUAUCUCUUAUUUAUCCUUUGAUAAGAAUAAGAAAGUUAUUCUACUUCCAUUACAUUCAUCCAUGAAAUAGUCUCGGUUCGACUUCUGCAAUUGCAAUACCUUGAAAGAAUUAAGUCUCAUCCUUGUUAUUUGUUUAUUCCUCCCGUAUUCCAAAAAGCUCCAACUUCAUCUGAGAUCCUCU